ACAUUUCUUCAACUAUAAAAUUAAACAUGGACCUCAAAAUUUCAUUAACUAGACUUAAGCUAAGUUUUAAGCAGGAGCUGCGGUUAUAAUAUACAUGGCGAUGGCGCUUCGUGUACUGCUUCUUUUAGUUUUAUUUUUCCUUACUGUUAAGGCACAGGAUUCUAUUAUUGAUCUCAAGGAAGUUGAAGAAGACAAACAACAACAUGUUGGUCUCAGCCAGGCACUUCGUGUUUUCACCAGAGGAGCCAAUAGAAGGCUAGUUCAAGACAUAGUUUUAAAGGUUGCAAAAUACUUGAACAAUGGGGAUAUUGCUCUAGCUCCAGCACCAGCUCCACCUCCCAGUCCAUUGGAUUGUGGAGGAUUGUGCAAAUACAGAUGCAGUUUACACUCGAGGCCCAAUGUGUGUUUUAGGGCAUGUGGAACAUGUUGUGUUAGGUGCAAAUGUGUGCCACCAGGGACCUUUGGGAACAGAGAGAAGUGUGGCAAAUGUUACACUGAAAUGACUACCCAUGGCAACAAGACCAAGUGCCCUUAAUUUAUUACUAGUAAUUAUUUUACGAGUGUGUAUGUGGACCUUAGCAUAUUUAAUUUUAUCAUAUCUUUAUGAGAUAGUAAUAGCAAAUCAUGUCUGGCUACAUUGCAGUAUAUAUCUUGCUGCUAAGCCAUGUGCAAGUUGCGGUGGUUUGAAAAAUAUUGUAUGAUUAUGUUUUACCCAUGUUUAUGUUGAUAUAUGUCAUCACUUGGUUGCUAUUUGUUCAAA